AUGUCCUUUGCGCGGGAUGUCCGGAACACCACUCCUGUACGCAAGGGUCACCAUGUAAAGCCUGCGUCGGCCGCAGAGCGGCCAGAGCAAUCCAUCAGCCGCUUAUUGGAUAUCGUCACGGACCACGGUCUGCAGCUGAAGUCUCUGCGGCAGGAGCAUGAUGCACUCCAGCAAGAAACCAAGGCCUUGCGUUGUGCACUGUCCUCUGCCGGGCUAUGGCAUCAAGACAAAGGUGGUGAGCGCGAGCCCCAAUCGAACUCAGCGGUCUCCAAUCCCUCGGCCGAUGACGUCCUGGCAAAGCUGGCGCAAAGCGGCGUUGCUCAUGGCAAGAGACCGGCCUCUGGAGGAUACCCGACCCGAACUGCAGCCAAGGCGGAGCCCACCGGCUCCAGCGUCUGCAGCACAUCCGCCGGUAGCGAGGGUUCCGGCAACAGCUUCACGUCAAGCAUCAGACGAUCCAGCAGCAGCGGUAGCGUGGGUGCUGUGCGCAAGACGAAGAGCUGUCCCAAGGCACGAGCCAAAGAGAAUGUCCCCAGAGAUGCCGAGUCAGUGGGAGAGGAACGCGAGCGUGAGCCCAGGCGUGGGCCCAGGCGCGAGCCCGAGCGUGGUGCCACGGGCGUCGCUCCGAGUCCGAAGAGCACCGCACGGCAGAGGUCCCAGUCCGCCUCGGCCACGGCCGCGCCGAGCACGCCCCGCUCUGGGUCCACGCGGCGCGCCUCCAGUGGAUCGCCUUUGCGCCGUUCGCGGCCCCGAGAACCACCCAGCCUGUACCAGGCAGCGGAGCCCUUGCUGUCCGCAUCCGCAUCGAAGGAGAAGCGGGCGCUGGCUUUGGGAGCCAUCUCACGGGCUCUUAAGGAUGGAGCUCCAGCAGACAAGUGGGAUGGGCCGAAGACUCCUUUAAGGGCUGCAGUGCAGGCCCGGAGUGUGGAGAUGGCACGGCUCUUGGUUGAGGCGAGGGCGAACCCGAAUGAGACGGAUGCCAAAGGCGUGUGUGUCCUCCACACAGCCUCCUUCGAUGGCCUGGCUGACGUGUGCAGAACACUUCUGCAAGCUCGCGCAGAUGCAAAUGCAGCCGACCAACAUGGACAAACCGCUCUUUUCUUCUCGCCUUUGAGCUCGGUCUGUGAUGUCCUGCUUGAGCACAAGGCCAAUGUCAAUGCCCUGAAUCAGAAAGGGCAGUCAGCCUUGCAUCUCGCCAGCCGGGCAGGCCUUACCGAGGUCCUCGUGUGGAUGGCGCCCCGGGUCAGCCGCGAUGUCGUUGACAUGCGAGACACGCACGGUGCCACCGCUGCCUACUACGCCAGACAUGCGGGAAUUCCCAGCGACUUUCUAGUCAAGCAUCGGCUUCUUGUGGUUGAGAGCACCCCAGCAUCUUCAGCUGAACGGACGCGUCGUCGGACAUCCCGAGAGAGCGAGAUGCAGGAGACAGGAAGAGGUCGUGCACGCCAGAACUGGUCGGGACCAUCGCGAGCUCCACUUCCGACGUUACUGGAGGACCAGCAGUGCUCGGAGGAGGAAGUCGCACCGGCAAGUUCCAAGGAGGUCGUGUGUGCGGAGCAAGAGAAGCAGUCGGACAAGCCCGAAGACGAGGAGGAACUGCCCUGCUCAACCGUGGUCACUCCGGUUGACACGCGAAUGGCAGGCGACGAGGCGACCAUGGACUUGACAAAGGACCUGCAGGUGCAGGAUCGUCUUGAGAGCAAGGAGACUGGUGAUGCGGCCGAGCAUGGUGAGGAUCACAGCGAUUGUCUCGAACGGGCCUUAAAGGCUGAGCUCGAUCCAGAAGAGGUAUGUCAGGAGCACCAAGAGGAGACGAGCUUUCUGUGCGAGGAGACCACUGGUGACGAGAAGCCUGAGAAAGUUGCGGACUCUGAGGAGCGACUCCCCUGGUCUGAAGACCGUGGUUCGGAGAAAUCGCUUGUGGCACCUCAGGCGGCAGGAGCAGAGGUGCCGUUAGAUGUGCAAGGGUGCGAUGAGAGUGGGAGUUCGCCACCCGUUGGAAGCUGUCAGCUACAGGCUUGUGCUGACGGUGAAUGCGGUGAUGGUUCAGAACAUUCGCCUUCCUAUUCUGCCUCGGAGAGAGAUCGUGCAGACAAAAUGGUGACGUGGGAAGAGGAUUUCGGGCAGCCAGGUUCUGCUUUGUCCCAGAUGGCGCCCAACUGCGAGACGCACGAGCCUGCAGACGAUCCUGCAGGCACAGGCCAUGUGCCAGAGUUCGAGCCAGUGGCAGAGGCACAGGGGCUUCUUGGGACUUGA